AUGGGGUUAGAGAAAUAUGGCCGAGGUGACCUGCGGAGCAUAUCGAGGAACUGUGUAUUAUCUAGAACACCAACACAGAUGGCACGCCAUGCGCAGAAGUUCUUCAGUCGAUUAAAUGACGUUAAUAAGGUGAAGAAGAGAGGAAGCAUUCAUGAUAUCACUAGUGUGGAUGCUGCUGACAUUACUGAACCUUCACAAGGACGAAAUUCUGACAAGUUGAAAGGACCUUGUGGAGGACAAUUACAAUGGCCAAGCACCGACUAUGUGACUGAAGCUUUUGACACAGGGAUUGUAUCUUUACCAGGGCCAGUUACCAACAAUGCUAUUGAAGGACCAUCAAAUGUUAACCCCGAGAAAUCCUUGUUGGUAGUGAGUUGA